UCGACAAAUCCAACCCACUCCUUCUGGAGUUUUGUCCAAAAAAGAAUAAAUCCAACCCAAGGACACCAAUUUUCCCAUUGCCAACUGAGAAACCCCAUACUUCCAGCUCUCUCCUGUCUCGUUCUCUCAAGUUUCAACCUCUUUUCCCACGAAUCUGUAAUGCUAACACAAAACAUCAUGUUUCUUUGACGCCGAAACCGCAGUUUUAUAUCUUAUUUUCUUUCUUACCAAACGGCUUGAAAGAGAGUUGUGUAUGAGAUGGGGGCGUACCGAGCGGACGAUGAUUACGAUUACUUGUUCAAGGUGGUGCUGAUCGGGGACUCGGGUGUGGGCAAAUCAAACCUGUUGUCGAGGUUUACAAGGAAUGAGUUUAGUCUGGAAUCCAAGUCCACCAUUGGGGUCGAGUUCGCCACGAGAAGUGUUCGGGUCGAUGAUAAGGUCGUCAAGGCCCAGAUUUGGGACACCGCUGGCCAAGAAAGGUAUCGAGCAAUUACGAGUGCCUAUUAUCGUGGUGCUGUUGGUGCUUUGCUAGUCUAUGACGUUACCCGACAUGUCACAUUUGAAAAUGUGGAGAGAUGGCUGAAGGAGCUUCGGGAUCACACGGAUGCCAACAUUGUGAUCAUGCUUGUGGGAAACAAAGCAGACCUGCGACACCUGCGAGCAGUUGCCACUGAAGAUGCCAAGGGUUUUGCUGAACGGGAGAAUACCUUUUUCAUGGAAACAUCUGCCCUUGAGUCCACGAAUGUUGAGAACGCCUUCACAGAAGUGCUGACCCAAAUUUAUCGCGUUGUAAGCAGGAAGGCCCUCGAUAUUGGGGAAGACCCGGCAGCCUUGCCCAAAGGACAAACCAUCAAUGUCGGAACCAAGGAUGAUGUAUCAGCAGUGAAGAAAGUUGGAUGCUGCUCUGCUUAAGCAUGGAGAUGAGAUCUAAACCAUAUACCAUCUUUGAGAUUCUAUGCACUGUUUAUAUUGUUGUAAAGGUCAGUCAAGUGGAAGAAAAUGUUGUCUACAGAACAUGAGAAAUAAUGCUCUUUCUUAGAUUUGAUCAUUCACAGUUAUACUUGUUAAUGUAGCACAUUUUAAAUGGUUGUCCAUCUAAAUGGUAGGCAUUUGAAGCCACUGAAAAUGUGUUCUAUUAACAAGUAUAAAGAUGACAAAAUUUAAAAUGAAGAAUAAUAUUAUGCGCAGAA